AUUGCAGCCUCACUCCCUUUGGAAAUUUAUGCUCGAGGUCCCCAAGCUGUUAAGGCAUAUGACAAAGCCUUAACGGGGGGAAAGGCCUGCAUCAAGAGAAUACCAGUGAUGUUGAUCGGACAGGAGCGGACAGGCAAAACUAGUCUAAAAAAGUCCUUAAAAGGAGAAAAUUUCAACGAAGAAGAGGAAAGCACAGUCGGAAUAGAGACUGACUCUUUGUACUUUAAAGUAUCAACAGAGAUUUGGAAAAGCGGAAAAGUUAAGGAAGAAGCAGAAUUUGAGCACGAAGAUCAUUUUGAACACCUUGCAGCAGCGAAAGUGAUCAGUGAAUUUUUAAGGGGACGAAAGGCAAGUCCAGCGUGGUUUUGGCUUAAGUCGGAUUCUGAAUCAGAGUCAGAUUCAGAGUCAGAGUUACAGCCUCCGGAUGGAUCAAGCUCAACUCUUGGCCCAACUAAGCCCUCACAAAAUAUCGAAUCUUUACAUGGAAAAUUGCCCGAGGAAGUAGCCAGGUUAGUUGAAAAAAUGCUUCAAGAGGAGGAAAAUGCAAACCACGAAGAUAACAUCUACUCAGUUCUGUGGGAUUUUGGUGGACAAUCAGUGUACUACGAAACACAUCCAAUUUUCCUUACGGAGAAAGCUAUCUACAUAUUGGUGUCUGACUUGAGUCGUGAUCCAGACGAGAAAGCCAUCCCACCUGUCAAAACAGGACUUUUCGAGAACAAAGCGGACGUUGAAUGCAAUAAAACAAACCUUGAUUAUCUGGACUUUUGGAUGUCAUCAAUUUUUUCCUUGGUAAAUCCAGAUGUUCCAAGCUCUCAAGAAACCGCUCCGAAUGCUCGUCAUGUUUUGCCACGGAGGCUUCCCCCAGUAUUCCUGGUAUGCACCCAUGCUGACGUGCCGUUUGGUGGAUCUAACGCCAGAGACCUUGCUCUUAAAAUGUAUGGUUUUUUGCAGCGCAAGACGUACGAGGGACAUCUGUAUAAGGAUGUGUUCGUCGUGAAUAAUACAAAGUCUGGGAGCGAAGAAGAAUGUAUUGAAGUUAAACGACUGAGAGAAGAGGUUCUUGCUGUCGCAAAGGAACUACAACUGACGAAAGAAGAAAUUCCGGUGAAGUGGUUGAGGUAUGAAAACAAGCUUCGCAAAAAGCAUGACAAGUGGAUAACACAUGAAGAAGCCAAGAGGAUUGCAUUUGAAGACUGUGGAAUCCAAGAAGAUGAUGAGUUUUCCACUUUGUUGAAUUUUUUGCAUGAUCAGAGAAUUGUGAUUCAUUUUAGAGGCUCUCCAGAGUUGGAAAGGACGGUGAUAUUAGAUCCUCAGUGGCUUGUUGAUGUCCUCAAAAACGUAAUCACUGUAAGGCGUUUUAAACACACGGAGCAUCUUGUCAAAGACCUGUGGAUCCAACUUGAAGAAACCGGAAUCUUGGAUGAAAAGCUCAUUGACCAUGCUUGGAGAGACUUGCUUGACAACCAAGAAAGUCACAAGAGCCUCAUUGCCAUCAUGGAGAGAUUAAGCUUGCUUUCCCUUUGGCCGUCAUCUAAAGAUAGUAAGCAGUACCUUGUACCGUCCAUGUUGAUGUCACCCCCAACAGAUGACGUCCUAAAGCUUCUCGACUCUGUAAACAUUCCAUCUCUUUUUUUAACAUUUGCAUCAGGUCGAGUGCCUCCUGGUCUAUUCUCCCGACUUAUCCUACUUUUCCUCCAAUGGUCUGGCGAAGAAUGGAACAGGGAAAUGAGCCCACGGUUGUUUCGUAAUUUUGCCUGGUUUCACAUUCUUCCAGACCAAGUUAUCUCCGUCAUUUUUUGGUGCCAUGCCUCAACAAUCGAAGUCGCCAUUUACAGCGGAGACAAUGACAAGAAAAGAGCAGAUAUAUCCCGUGCUGUUCACUGGAAAUUGAGGUUUAUACUUGAGUGCAUGCGGAAAGAGUUUCACUGGCUCAACAACGUGAAGUACGAUAUGUGUGUCUGCUGUCCGGUCUGUUCUCAACCAGGGUCGGUAAAAUGCCGCGGUCAUGGCGUGCGUGGAUGUGAAUGUCUUCACUACUUGUCAGAAUCUGAUUUGAGAAAGCGUCAACAUUGCAACAGACCAGCACGCAACCUUCUUGGGGAUUGCAGGAUUCGGGUCAAGCAGUUUGAAUGUUGGUUCUUAUUUGGAGAAGAAGAGGAAGGUGCCGGAAUGUCAACGAAUCAGGUACUUUGCCAGUCUCAUCCUCUUCCUUGGGUGGAUAAUAAAAGACGCUAGUACUUUUUAUGUUCAAUGUCAUGUCAUUGGUUUAAGGGUGGAUUUAAUUUGAUUUUUUAGCAGCUGCAAGCUCUACACGUAACAAGUCAUGGAGGCUUCCUCAGUGCGAAAGGCAUAGUUUCCAUAGAAGGUAAAAGGUCCAUAUCUUUCAUGUCAUUAUAUCAUAAUAACAAUGUCGUACUUAAAGAGAGAGCUGACAAGAUCUCUUCUCGUAUAAUUUUAGAGAAAUUUGCAUACGUUUGUUUCUAUUAAAAGAGACUUUCAACAAACUCAAAAUUUUUGGGCGUAAGCAAAAUACACUCUCUCUACUUAACUCUUUCUUAUUGCAUUUAAAUUCGUUUUUCGUUAUUUCCAAUUCGUUCUAAAUCAUUUUCAAGGAACGAAACGGAUAGAUCUUGCGCUUCCUGAGAGUAUCCAAACGUCCAUCCAGUCCACUCCACUCAACUCAGAAAGUGAUGUGAAGGAUAUUGUGAUUAAGUUUCGAGAAUCUCUGCAGUUGGAACCAGCAUCUUUCGACAGUCCGGAGCCUGAGACGAAAAAAAUGAUUCGUGGCCUUGCCUUGAGACCUAAAUCUGAGAAACGGGAUGACUUGGUGAGACAUUUACGAGAAAUUACACCUGCUGGUACUACUGGUGAGUUUAAGAAGAUGAGAUUUUCUUUUUCGCACGGGGAGGGGGAUAAGGUUUCUACACAAGCGUCCUCUCGAUGUAUCAUUAAAAUAAUGUCAACGCGUGCUAAAUUUUAUUGUGUAGCUGUAUUUUUUGUUGUUGCUGUUGGUGCGCUUUUGAUCUGCUUUAAUUUAUAUGUAUUUUUGUUUUGGUUUUAGGUUUUCGAAAAAAAAUUCUGCUAUAUUAAUCUUCUUUUAGUGUUUGUUUGUCUCUACAGGGCCGUUGUUGAAUGAAGAUAUGUCAGUUGGUUGCAUGCCAUAUAAACAAUACGAGGAUUUAACGUUCAGCCUCUCGGGUAAGGAACUAGGUUGGCGUCCGCACACCCAUUUAUUCAUAAACUAGUUGUAACCUUUGUGUGAAGUCAUAGGUUUUCGUCUCUCGACUCUGAAAAGGACUCUCGAAAAAACUCGGGCCUUGACAAGAUUCGAUUCUACAUAUGCGUUUUCAGAUUAUAUUCCGGCUAGGUUAUUUCAUAGCCAGCUAAACUUCGUCAGCUUUCGUCAAAACCCUUUCCAGAAGGAUGAGCUGCCAAUAUCUAGACGAAAUUUGGAGGAUAUCGGGCGCCAAGAAAAUGUGAGCGAUUAAUGCCAUUAGCCCAUACGGGCAACAGUACAGUUCGGUUGUAACAAAAUUUAUAAAAGAGCAUAAUAUAUUUUUCCUCAUAGGUGGAGACGAGUGGAAACUGUUGGCAGAAAGGCUAGGCUUCUCCCAAAUCCAAAUUCGCUUUCUAGACAAGAGAGUUACGAAUCCUUCUGAUGUCGUCCUCGGCGCUGUGGGAAAGCAUCGCCACCUGAGUGUUAGAGAAAUCUAUGAUACAUUAGUCGAGUGCGAGUUACCAGCUAUCGCAGAUCUAAUGUAA